CAGAGUAAAAUAAAUGACAAAUCAAAAAAAUGUAGAACAAAUUAGUUGUGUGAUUUUUAAUAAAAUAAUAAAUUUAAUAUCUCCUAAAUAUCAGUGCAUCAAACCACGCCAAUAUUACACAGAUUUCGUUAAAUUAAUAUGGUUUCGAGAAUCCUUCGUGAACGUAUCUGCAGUCUUGGCAAGCUCCGCAGGCUGCACGAUGAGAUGGUGUCGCGGGAUUUCUGCAAGACCGAAUGGACGAAACCUAAACACGUCAACAGGCCAUACAUCGAGCACCGCAGCGAUUUGCCGUUAGUCGUCCAAAACACCCUGGGACAUAAAUCAGAUUACCAGAUGUCCGAAGAAACGAAGAUUGCUUGGAAACACACUCCAGGGUCUUCAGAUUAUGACACAGUUGGGAACGGCGAGUUGUGGAAAGCCUGGUUUGCCAUAGAAUAUGAACUGUUGAAUGCUUUCGCGAAAAACUUGAACUUCUAUACAACAACGCCUUGCUUGUGUAACCAUAACAAAAAUGACGGCACAACAACCGAUAAAAAUAUAGAGAACAAAUAUCAAGUUUCGAAUGAUGAAAGCACAAAUAUACGACACGUAGAUGCGAUACUACGGACAUAUUCUGAAUUGCUAGCAACGUUUACUUCACCGACGGUCGAGGAAUCUUGCUUUGUCAAUAUGGAAGAAACAAGACCGGAAGAAAAAUUAGUAUCCGCUACGCUAAAUGCAACAACAAAGAAUUUAGAAGAAGAAAAGCUUGCACAGAAAUUAGAAACCAUUGAAGAAGUACCGCUAGUGGAGGCUGUACCCGAUAUCAUUAAACCGCCACAAACCUCAGGACCGGCUGUAAUGAACAUUUCUAGUUCCUAUUGUGAAGAAUCUGCCAAGCAUUUAGACUCUCAGGUUGGAGAUGACCCUAAGAGCGAACCUUUAAUGCAUUGCCAAGAGGAACGUCAAGCGACUCCAAACCUCAUUAAGAAAUAUUUCGAAAGAGAAGACUGCAAAAAGCCUAACUGGAAUGAUCUAAUUUCGCUAAACGCCGUGCCAGAUGUCAUCAACGACGACGAGGAUCUGUCUCUUAUGGAAUUAAUGAAACGCGUACGUGAGAGAAAUCGGUUGCUCCGCUGUCGCGAUAUAGAACAUCAACUGAAUACCUCCACAAUGGAUCAUCCCAGGACCAGUUUCCCUCAGCAUCAAAACCCUCCAUCGCCACCUGGGUGGGCCUGGCCGAUGCCCCAGAAUAAUCCACCCAUGCCCGGGCAUCACACUCCAAUGUACCCUCAUGUUGCGAACCCGCAGCCUCGCAAGGCAGAGCCCCUAACCCCUGACAACCGUCCAGGCGGUCCAGGCUUUAACAGAGCGACUGAAGUGAGUCCUUUGAACCUGGCCCUAUAUCUUGGUCCUUUGGUUACUGCUUUGAGAAACGCCAUCAUCUUAUUUCCUACCCUGACAGCGAGUCUCAUCCCUAAUAAUUUAGCGCCCGUUAACAAAGAACAGGGAAUUGAUAACGUUUGCGUGCUACUUUCUAGCCAUGAGAAAGAAUCGGAAAAGGAUUAGCUAAACUCAAGCACAUGAUUAGACAAUAAUAAAUUAUUGUGCAAAUAAUUUAUUCAAUAAAAAAUUGUAAUUUAAAA